AUGAGUUGGAAAGCUACUUAUGAGUUCAUUUUGUCUCUUGAAAAUUUUAGAAACAUCGAUUUAUUCGAUCAAGGUGUUUACUAUAUGGAAUUCAGUAUAUACUAUUAAGACAGUUAAUAAAACAAGCAAUAUGCGACUCCUUAUCAUUACACGUAGAAUAAUUUAGGAUUUAAAUCAUAGAGCCAUUAUAGUGAUUAAAGUAUAUUUGAGGAAUCAACUAUCUUAGAUAGCGAACAGAAGUUCAAAAGCAAGGUUUUUAGUAUUAGAUAUUGCGAAGAAGAAGUUCGUAUGAAUGAUCUUUGCUGCUUCAGAUCAGAAGUGAAUGCAGAUAAUAAUUACAAAUUAACAGAAUUUUACUUAGAAUGCGAUCUAAUUGCAGCAUUUACUACAGAUCCAGAUAAAUAUAAAACAGAGCCAUUAAAAUUCGAAAAGUUAUCCAAAUUUAGAAGCAUCAUUAGAUACUCCUCAGAAGGAUUGCAUGAGUUUUUGCCCAUAGUCUUUGAUAAAAUGCACUUUUGUGUGCUAGAAUGCAGCUUUCAUUCUCUGCUUUUGGAUUUUAAAUUUAGGAAUCCAGAAUUCUUGUUUUCAUAGAAUUUGAUACAAUCUAAUCAGGAGAAGAGAGAAAGAUCAAAGUCAUUUAUUGAAAAAAUAUUUAAAAGUAGAAGUAGUUAGAAUGAGGAUCUAGAAGACACAGAUGAAGAUGACAAUUAACUGACCUAAGACACUCUUUCUAGCAACUCUGAAAAAAUUAAAAAGAAAGAAAAGGUUAUAAAAGGAGCUAAAUAUAAGAACAUUAAUCACUUUAUUUAAGAAGUCACAUUUAAUUUUUAAAAAGAAUCAGUUUAAAGCUUCUAUUAAUUCUAUGUUGCACAUCUCAAGAACUAAUUCAGCAAACUUAAACGCAUUUUGGAUGAAGUAUAAGACUAUUCAGAUCCUUCUAAUGAGGAUAUAAUUUAAAUGCCUCAUCCUUCGCUGAUAUAAAUAAAAGAUGUAGAUGCAAAUAGCUUAGAAUAUUACAAUUAACAGAUCAAAGAUUAACAAGAGUUCGAAAGUUAGAAUAAAAACCAUAAUUUUUCAUCUUUCUCCACUAAAUUUGAUAGUAAUUCAACCUUUAGUCAUCAUUAGAGGCCACCUAUUUAACAUGGAGUCACUUAAAAGAAAAAGAAAGAACAUUUGAAUGAAAAUGAAUAAAAUAUAUUUAUAAAUGAUGUACAAAGAGAAAUUAAUUAGAUAAGUGGAAGUUUAUUCCAAAUUUGGUCACAGUUUAUUGAUUUGCUUGUAUAAAAGCACUCCAAGUUGUUACAAAAAUACAUGGUUGAGAAUAAUAAAUAAAUCAGCGAAAGGUGGGGAGAAUCGAUCUUUCGUCAGAAAUUGACAACAACUGACUUAUUCACUUCUUUAGAAGACUACACUUCAACAAAUAGCUAAAUAGCUAAAUAAUUCAGAAAGAAAUUUUACUUCAACAACCUAGAGCCGUUAACUAUUGAGAACCUCGAGAUGUUUCCUAGUGCCCAAGAACAUCCUAUUUUCUUUCAAGAAAUAUAUUAGAAAAGAUAACCUAGUUAUGUGUUUGAUGAGAUUUUGUAAGACCCAAAUAUCCUUUCUAAUCAACAGAAAUUCGGAAAUCAUUUAAUCAUUUUGUGUCAUGGAUUUUAAGGAAAUAGCUAUGACUUGAGAUCGAUAAAAAAUAACUUGAUUAAGCAAUAUCCUACCGCUUACUGCUUAAGCUCUAAAAUAAAUGAAGAUCAUACAGACAAAGAUUUAGAUUUUCUUGGAAAGAACCUAGCUUUGGAAAUAAGAGCUUAUAUUGGUAAGAGAUACAUCUAAUGUUUGACCAAAAUGACUUUUAUAGGACAUUCAAUGGGAGGAGUAAUAGCUCGUGCAGCAUUACCUUAUUUGCAAGAUUAUUCUACAAUCAUGUACUCUUAUAUAUCUAUAUGUUCACCUCAUUUAGGAUGUUAUGCAAACUCCAACAAGCUAAUCGAUGCAGGUUUAUGGAUUAUGCAAAAAAUACACAAAAGCUAAAGUUUAUUGCAAUUAUCUAUGAGAGAUUCUGAUAAUAUCGAAGACACCUAUUUAUACAAAUUAUCUACAAAGCCUGGUCUUAACUGGUUCUAGAAUGUCAUGUUUAUAUCAAGCUUUGACGAUUAAUAUGUCCCAAUUCAAUCAGCAAGAGUACUCACCAUUCCUAACGGAUCGAAAUAUCACAAUUAAAUGGUAGAAAAUAUUUCCAGAAAUUUUAAAUGUGAAAAUAUCUAUAGACUUGAUGUAAACUUUAAACUAGAUAGUUCAAUAGAUAAAAUGAUUGGAAGAGCUGCUCAUAUUCAUUUUCUUGAGAGUGAACCAUUCUCUUAAAUGUUAUCGUACUGUUAUCCCGAAUUUUUCUAAUGA